AUGUCCGACACAGAUACCCCCUCGGCACCGCGCCGCUCCCAGCGCGAACGCAAGCAGGCUCAGCCAUUCAAUGCCCCAACCAGCUCACUCGAGAGUGCAGGCAAGCGGAAACGCGACGACGCCGACGUCGACACCGAUGAGGAUGGCGAAGAGUCAGACGGAGGAGAUGCUGCCGCCGAGGAGGAGGCCGAAUACGACGCGCCGAAGAAGCAGCCCAAGGCAACGCCCAAAGCUAAGAAGAAGCGUGUUGCGGCAGAGGGGGAGGCAGCAGCCCCGACCCCAAAGAAAUCGCGUACGACCAGGGCUCCGGGAACUACAAAGACUGCGGUACCUAAAGGCGCACGAAGGGGACGCAAGGCGCAAACAAGGGCUGACGACGCGUUCGACCCGGAAGCGGUCGCAAAAGAGUCCAAAAUCAAUCCGGAUAAUCAUCUAUUCAACGCGAUCAUGAACCCAUCAUCUGCGCUCCAGUCCAAGGUGGAAGACUUCCUUGAAUCGCUUGCCCAGACCCCCGGGCCCGCCCAAGCAGAACUCAUCAGCUGCAUCCUUCGCGCCUGCGGCUGCAACGACGUUGUGGACGAGCACAUGGCCGUCGACUACGACGGCGUCGUUGACGCUCUCGAUAAUAUGACAGAGGCUAUCAAGCAGGACGACACCAUACCCUACCCGCUCACUUCCAAGCUUGCUAUCUUCAAGCGCUUCAGACGCUCGCUCUCCGAGUUUUUGUCCCGCCUCAUCGUGUCCGCACACGACCUCGACUCGCUCUACACCACCGAUAUCAUGUCCACGCUCCAGACCUGGGUUGUGGCCAUGUCUUCGUCGCCCGUUAGGUCCGUGCGACACACUGCGACGGUGGUGGCGCUAGAGAUGGAGAGCGCCCUGUGUGAAGUAGCAGCGAGGGUGGAGAAGGAGGCCGAGAUCGUCGCUCGGCAACGUGAAGGCGAGCGCAAGCGCAAAGGCAAAGAAAAAAGCAAAGAGACGAACAAGGAUCUCGAGGCCAGAGCCGACGAAAUCCGCCAGCGCAGGGAUGCGCUCGCGGAGUACCUCAAGGAGAUCAUCGAUGGCGUUUUCGUCCACCGUUACCGUGACCUUGACCCGCUCAUUCGAUCCGAAUGCGUCCGUUCUUUGGGACGCUGGUUCUCGCUACAUCCCUCCCACUUCCUUGACUCCUCUUACCUCCGCUACAUCGGUUGGGUCCUCUCCGACUCCUCAACGCCGGUCCGAUUGUCCGCCUUACAUGCCCUUUCCGAGGCUUACAAGCAGGAGGAGUACAUCAGCUCUAUGCACCACUUCACGGAACGAUUCUCGCCUCGCCUCCUCGAGAUGGCGCGGCGGGACACGGAGACCGGCGUAAGGGUGGCCGCGGUGGAGAUCUUGGAGGCCAUCGAUGGACAUGGGCUACUCGACGAGGAGAAGAGGGAGAGGCUUUGCGUGUUGGUGUAUGAUCGGGAGCCGCGAGUUAGGAGGGUGGUGAGCGGGUUCGUGCAGGGCGUAUGGUCGGAGAAGGUCGAGGAGCGGCUGGUGGGGCGCAAAGCCGACGAAGCGGAGAAAAAGAUGGCGGGGGUGAAGGCCCUGGCCGAGCUACUGGUUGAGUGGGGGAGGGCCUUGGACCGGGAGGGAAAGGAGACGGAGGAGGACACCAGCAGCGCCCUGGAUCAGGACGUAGACGCAGACGAGAGUAGCCAGGGACAAUCGGCGGUUCAAGGAACGGGGUGGACAAAGAAGAAGGCGAUCGCCAGGUUGCUUUCAUCAGAACAACGCGGCCGUACAGCUCUCGCGGUCGAAGCGUUGUACGAUGAAAUCGAGGUCGUGAGCGACUGGGAAGCCCUGCUCGACAUACUGUUGCUUGACCAUUCGGCUGUUGGUAACGGGGAAGCAGCACCCCGUGGGAAGGCGAGAUCCAAGAAAGGGACGGGCAAGGGGAGCCAGGAGAAGGGGCCCGAGAAAGUGGUCGACGAGGCGUGGCGACUGGAGGAAGUGGAAGAGAGCGUGGUUCUUGAGGCGCUAGUUGCUGCAUUGAGAAAAGCCAAGGCGGAGAGUUCCAGCACAACGAAAAAGGGCGAGGAAGACACUGUCUCAGCGAACAUUACUCGUGCGCUCAUCAAGGGCCUCCCGCUCCUUUUCGUCAAGAACCAGACAGACGAAAAGCGAAUCGCGCAGGUGCUACUCAUUCCGCAGCUCAUGGACCUCGACAUGUACCUCGAAAUGAGGAUGAUGACGGCGUACUCUAGCCUAUGGGACGACGUGACGAAGCAGUUCACCUCGCAGUCUUCGCCUACUGUCUUGAAGCACGCAGCGGGUACCAUUCGCCAUCUCACCAACGCUACGUCCCUCGCCAACGCCAACUCGACCAAAGUACUGGAAUUGGAGGACGACCUGGCGAGCGCAUUGAGGAAUGCGGUGGCGGGGAAGGAGGAUCUGGAGGUAGCGAGCCUUGAAGGAGAUGAGGUGCUGAGUCUCGGCGCAAUGUGUGCACGGAUAUCUAUCCUCGCGGGGGUCAGGGAUAUAGUGGGCUGGAUGGAAGAGGACGAAGGAGGGAAGCAGAGCAAACCGUGGGACAUAGUUUGCGCGUUGGCGGAACGAGGCCGUCUUGGGUAUAAGGAAGAGGAGGCGAUGGUAAGCAGCGCUCUCGAAGUGCUCUCGUUCCACGUGAUGUGGAAAUCGAGAAGGUUAACAACCGCAGACGAGCCAACGCCUGAGGAUGUUACGUUCAAGGAGGCCCUUGAAACGCAGCGCAAUAUGCUGGUAGAGAAACUGCUUGAGUACGCCGUCGGCACCCAGUCCAACACGGCAGAAUUGGUAAAACGAACUGCCUUCACCUGGUUGCUGAACAUUCACAACCUCUUCCAUCCUGCCGGACCAGAUGCAACCGGGUUACGGCUCGCGCUCGGUUCGAUGGCGCUGCCUAUGGAGGAUGAAGUACAAUAUCGGUGCGCCGGAUAUAUCCAAGCGGAGAUCGAGCGUUACGCAGAGGAUAUCGAAGGGGAUGGGGAUUCCGAUGAGGAGGAGUCGGAUAAGUCCGACGACGAGGAGGAAACGCCUAGGAAAGCGUCCAAAAGCAAAAGGCGGAAGACCAUUGCAUCUACCCGAGACGCCGAAAGGUCAGACCGGGAUCGUCUUGAGGAAGAAUACGUCUUCCUUGAAGUCAUCUCUAUUGUUUUGCGAUCGAUCACUCUGCGUGUCAUGCACGUUCGCCAUGGUGCCCUCAUCUUGGCCCAUUAUGGCAGACUCGGACCCGUCUUCGAUCAAUGCUCAAAAACGAUUAUUGACGUGCUCAAGGAAGAGGGCAUGUAUAGGGAAAACGGAGCGGUCGUGGUAGAGGUCGUCACCCGAGCGAUGGAAGAGUCAUUCAAGCUCGUGCUUGACGGCCUUGAGAAGACCGUUGAUCACUGUGUCGCCCUCGCCAAAGUCCUGGCGACGUGUUUCCUGGUUCGUGGAGCACAACUCUCUGUCUUGCGCAAGCUCGAUGCUUCGUUCAUCGUCGAAAUCCAUACCACCCUGCUCUCCUGGCUCGGCAAAAGGCUCGGCGCGUACGAGUCAAGCAAGAACAAGCGCUUGCUUGAGACCACUAUUUCUCUCUUCAGGCCACUUGCAUCGUUGGUUAUAGGCGUCGACAGCCAAGAUGCACUGAAUAUCAAAGCACAUUUAGACCAAAUCAUUGCUCAGGCGAAACUAGAGAUAUCACCCACGGCGAAGGCCUGGGAAGCGGCUCGCGCGUACGAGAAGAGACUCAGCACGGCAAUGUCCAAGGAGAAGGGUGCCCUCGGUAAUGCGCGGAAGGGUCGACGAAAGAAUGCCAAAUCUGCGGAGGAGGUUAUCACAGAUGAGGAAGGCUUGGGAAAUGCAGCAGAGCCUGAGGAAGUGCUGGCCGUGCGGGAAAAGUCCCGCCCCAAGCCUCGUCCCAGGCGAGCUGCGCGAUUGGCAAACGCUAGCACCACCUCGAACGCGGACGCAGUGGAGGAGGAAGAGGUCGGCGAGACGCCGGAGGAGGAACAGACGCCCACUCGGAAGCGUCCAUCAACUCGCAAGCCCAGGACACCGGCGAAGAGAGUUAACACACCUCCGGUGUCAGGAUCGCUCAGCAAUGGACAUCUGCAAUCCUCAACGCGAGCGCGCAAGCGCGGUCGUUCGCCGGAAGAGGAGGCUCGCGAAAGUGCGGAACCUGAAGCUCUGUCUUUGCCCUCAUCACCCGCCUCCCAGGCGACUCAGCUCAAUGAAGUUGUAAUAAAGCGAAAACGCGCCCGUCAUUAAAACAUAUGAGAGAGAGAGAGAGAGGGUGUAGACAUUAUUUGUCAUCUUUAUUCUGCUCAUGUUGUCGCUUUGCUAUCUCCCGCAAUCAUGUAAA